AUGGUGGAAAAGAGCUCGCUUGUCUUACCACUGGUCUUUUCAAUCACAAGUGGAAUAGCCCUUCUCGGCCUCUCCAUUUUCACUGUGAUUGCAAUUUACCGUCGACAACUUCCUCGAUGCGUCCACAUAUUUCUAGCCACCAUCUGCGUUGGUGGAACAACUGGACUCGUUGCAUACCUCCUUUGUUAUUACGCACUCAGAACUCAGGCCUACCAUCUUGCUUUGGGAGAUCAAAUCCUACUUGCCCCUUGGAUUGAGGCGGAUGUGGACUCGAGGUUACUCAGUCAUUUCUGUCACAGUCUGCGAGUAACAUCAGACAAACCUGGCGUUACCGUGUGGACUGCUUCCGUUUCACCGAACCGAGGUACAGAUAAAAAGUACACACUUAUUCUACCGGUAAAUGACUUGAGUUAA